CUACACGUCAAGCGUAACACGUCUCGUAAGCAAUAAAGAUCAAGGGACGACACGUGUUGCAAUGGAUCAUCGAUGCAGAUAGCGAAAGAUUCGUGCCCUCGUUGAACAUCAUGGCGCGCAAGAGGUCGAAGAUCGCGACACGAAAACAACUUCUUUCGUAUCAGCUCGAUACGAAAUACUUCCAGUACAGAAACACAUCCAGUAGCUACUAAGACACUGUCUGUUUCGAUUUUCAAUUUCAAUAAUUCACCUUUAAAUUUCUUCGUCUCCUCUCUCUCUCUCUCUCUCUCUCUCUCGCACUUCUCUUUAAAUUCUUUCAUCUCUCGUUUCCCUAUCUACGUAAAUGAGACAAUUAAAACAGCAAUCAUUUUGUAGUGAAAAUCGCGCGAGGCUGUUUCACAAACGUUUUAAGUUUACCAUAUCGCGUAUUUGAUCGACAAGUUUGACUCUUUUAAAAGGAAACUAUAUGGUGAAAACAAUUUACAGUACUCCGAGUACACGAUUCCUUUCGUAUUUAUAUUAUUUUGGACGAAAAGAAAGUGUCGGCUAUUUAUUUCAUAUUUUUCUUCGCAACAAAGGCAUAAUAUAGUAAAAUAUGCAGAUCAAGGAUAAAAGAGUCAUUGUAACGGGAGCUGCAGGUGGCUUGGGUAUGACUAUUAGCAGAGAACUGCUGCGAAAUGGUGCAUCCGUAAUAGCGAUGAUAGAUAUCGAGGAGGUAGCUGGCAAGGAAGCGAUGAACGUGCUGAACGCAGAAUUCGGCCGCAAUCGUGCUAUAUUCUUCCAGUGCGAUGUCGCCAACAAUUCCGAAUUCGAUGAUACUUUCAAGAGAGCUGUGAAGACACUCGGCGGUCUGGAGAUUCUAGUGAACAAUGCUGGUGUCAUUAACGAGAGCGACUUCAAUAAAACCAUCGACGUAAACGUGACAGCGGUGAUACGAGCGACGCUUCUAGGAAUCCAACAAAUGCAAAAGGACUCCGGUGGCAAAGGCGGUGUUAUCGUCAAUAUAUCGUCUGUGGCUGGUCUGUAUUCCUUAUCUCAGCUUCCAGUAUAUUCCGCAACGAAACAUGCAGUGGUUAGCUUCAGCCGUUCGUUCGCGCAACCUUAUCAUUACGAAAGGACUGGCGUAAGGAUAAUAGUCCUGUGUCCCGAGCUUUCUCAAAUGUCCAAUGUAAAAAAUUCAGAAGCAAAUCCGUCGCAAGAUCAACUGAUACAGAAAUAUUUCCGAAGAGUGGACAGCGUGGCGCACGGACUGGUUUACGUGGUGAGAUGCGCUCAGAACGGAAGUAUAUGGAUCAGCGAGGAUGGAAAACCAGUCUACGAGAUACAAUUGUUCGACAGCCUACCGCAAAAGCAUAACGAGUCUAUAUUGGAAGAAAACGAGCGUAAAAUGCAAAUAGAUUAAAUCACUGAAUUCUGUAAAUAGACAUUAUUACUAUGUUAUGUGCUUGAUGUAUAUAUUAUUUUGUAUGUAUUACUCUUACUCAUGAUGUUUUUUAUGUUUGCAUAAUUCACGAUAAAAGUGCCUGAAUGUAAUAAAUAAAUGGCGAUAAGCAGAA